AUGGACAGCUCUCCCGCCUCGCCUUUGGCCCCCAGGGAUCCCAGCUCCCCUGAAUCUUCGAUCGGCGAACAAAUUGCCACUCUACAGGCCCAGCUUGCCGCUCUGCAGGCCUCGCAACCCGCCGCCGCCGCAGCCGCCGCACCCCCGGCCGUCACCGUCGUGCCGGGGAACGCCGCCACCGCAUCCAAGGUCGUGUUUCCCAAGCACGCUCGUCUGGACGGCCCCAAGUCGUUCACCAACUGGUUGCGUCAACUCCGUCUUGCACUCCCGAACCAGGUUCGUGGUUACGUUCUCGACGGUGUCGUUCCCCCUGUGAAGAGUCCACUCUCAGCUCGACAGGGGCGCCUCGGUCGUUGCGCGCGCCUGCUAGCCUGGCCCCUGUGGUGGGGACUUAGGCGCGCGCGAGUGCCUCAGCGCGCCGGCGCCGGCGGUUUUCGGGCGCGCGCCGCUAGCCCGCCCUUGCAGUGGGGACUUAGCCGCGCGCGACUGCCUCAGCGCUCCAGCGAUUUCGCCCGCGCCUGGGCAUAUCCCAGCGCGGGCCCCCUUUCCAUUUCUUAGCUUCCUUCUCAUCACUUCUGUUCGACUCUCGACUUCUCCUGACAGUAGUGGUGAUCAUCUCAUAGGUACGCUGAAAUAGAUCACUUCUGUUCGACUCUCGACUUCUCCUGACAGUAGUGGUGAUCAUCUCAUAGGUUAUAAGCCCAUCGAGCUACCGCUGGCAUGGACACGUCGUCAACCCUCGCGACGAGCGCCACCCCGACAAUUCCCGCCGAACAGCUUGCCGCACUUACAUCGCUGCUGUCGGGACUCACCGCUGCCGCUUCCGGCACUACCGCACCCGCCACGACAUCCGGCUCCAAUCGCAAUGCCUUCCCGAAGCAUGCGCGGUUGGACGGGCCGAAGACGUUCGCGAACUGGACACGCCAGCUUCGCCUGUGCCUAGCGGACGACAUCCGCUCCUACGUCCUCGACGGAAUCACCCCCGACGAUUGGACGCCUUCGCAACGCUCCGCCCGCGACGUCGUGGCACGCGAGAUCCUUGCAAACUCAAUCGACUCGGCCGAAGUCUCGGCAGUCCUCGACAAGAUCCCUACGGCCGACCUCACAGCGCCCAAGAUUUACUCGACGCUGAAAUCGCGAUACGCCCCUGAUGACGCCACUCGCACGCUCGAGCUCUUCUCGCGACUCUGGGGCUUCCGACCCAUGCCCGGAACGGUUGGCGAAUUUGACAGUUGGAUCAUGGACUUCAAGUCGGUCGCGCAAGAGAUCAUCGAUACGAAAACGACGAUCAACGACGUCCUUGCCACACUCCUCCUCGCGAUCGCCCACCCGUCACUCGAGAGCUUCAAGGCAACGUUCACCGACGAACAACGCACGCAACGAACUCUCCCUGACAUCGAUUCAGUGGCCGACCGUAUGCGAGUUCAACUCCGGUCAACGAACCUCUCCAACGAUCAAUCGGCCCUCCUUGCCUCGUCGUCGCCACGUUCUACCCGUACCAAGUGCCUCGCCUGUCGCAGCUCUUCUCACCGCGUCGCACAAUGCCCUACAAGGGCCCAGCAUCCACCGCCAGGCCCGUGUCGCUCCUGCAAGAAGAAGGACCACUGGUCUUUCGACUGCAAAAAGACUCUUGAGGACGGGAAAACGCCCGACACCUCUGAUGCGCAACACCAUGUCGGAUGUCUCGCCACCGGUCUUCUCGCACAUCGUCGUCAGCUUCGCAACAACUCCUUCGUCGUCGACUCGGGUGCCACUUCGCACAUGGUCUCGGACAAGUCGCUGUUCACGGCCUAUCGCCACAUCGCUCCUACGAAGAUUGGUGGUAUUGCAGGGGGCAUCAACGCCGUCGGAACGGGAAACAUCGCCUUUGUUGCCGCCUCCGGUCACCCGAUCACGCUUACCGGCGUGCUGCACACCCCGGGCCUGUCUGUCAACCUCCUCUCGGUCUCUCGACUUUGCGACACCGACGAUGUCCGUGUCGCCUUCACGAAGCACGGCAUCCAUAUCGACAAGAACGGCAAUGCUAUCGCUGAAGGCGCAAGACUCGAGGAAAGGCUCUACUUGCUGGACGCUGAUCAUUCCAAAUGUCAGCAUCUCGCUCUCCUCUCUCGCUCACAGUCUUCCGUGCCCCUGCUGACCCUUCACCGCUGCCUCGGCCAUCUCGCACCGUCGUCCAUACAGAAGAUGGUUGCCGCUGGUUUGCUGGAAGGUCUCGGGGCCGGAUAUAGUGACGAAGAGGUAGAGAAGUUUGUCUGCAAUGCUUGCCUCAGUGCAAAGGGCCAUCGUCUUCCUUUUCCCGAUUCGGACUCGCACUCCUCAGAGAGACUCGGCCUCGUACACAGCGAUGUGCUUUCCUUUCCCGAGUCGUCCUUGACUGGCAAGCGUUACCUGGUCACGUUUCUUGACGACUUCUCGCGCAAACUGUGGGCAUACGCGAUCGGACACAAAAGCGAAGUCUUUGGCGUGUUCAAGACAUGGCUUGCCGAGGUCGAACUCGAGACGGGUGCAAAACUGAAGGUCCUCCGAACCGACAAUGGUGGCGAAUACUGUUCGAGAGCGUUCACGGAAUUCUGUAAGGCACGCGGCACACGUCGACAAUACUCUAUCCCUCGAACGCCUCAACAGAACGGUCGUGCCGAACGAGUCAAUCGUUCUAUCGUCGAAGGUGUCCUUGCCCUCCUUGCAGACGCCCACUUACCCAAAUCAUUCUGGGAGGAGGCAGCAGCUUAUUUCGUCUACUGCAAGAACCUGUGCGAACACUCGGCCCUGGACAAGGCAACACCGAACUUCGCCUGGCAGGGCGACCGCACCAACGCCUCGGCGCUUCACCCGUUCGGCUGCACGGCUUGGCUCACAGUCGCGCCUGAACUUCGCUCGAAACUCGACCCGAAAGCGGUUCGCGUUCUCUUCACCGGCUAUGACCUGGCUUCUAAAGCCUUCCGUUUCUACGACACGACAACCAAGAAGAUCAGUUUGGGCAGAAAUGCCAGGUUCCUCGACAACGAAUUUCCCGGGUUACGUAGCGACUCCACCGAGCAAGACGCCGACACGCACUUCGCCAGCGCUUGCCCGACCACCGAAUUGUGA